GCUCGUGGAAGAGAUAAGAGAACGGAUUCGAUAAAAUUCCUCUCAGUUUUUUUUUUUAUCUUUUUCUUUGAAUGACGCCUUUAGAAUCGACGGAACGGUAUAAAAGUAUCCAGAGCUCGUCCGUCCAAGCUCGUAUCAUUCCGGCGGCCAGCCGCGCGACGUUCACGCGACCGAUGUACAAGCCGCGAUCAUUUAUUUAUCGUCGUUCCCGAGCAAACUGAUCGCGCAGCACGUUUUGAAUUUUUCACGCGGAUCGUUCUCGCCUGUCCUCCACUACCCGCCCCCUCCCGUCGCCGAGGACGGCCUCUCAGAAAAUUCGUACGAAGGACGGUAAUACCAGCAACCUCGAUUCCCGUUUGAAAAAUUGAAAGGCAUGGUGCGUGGUUCUAUCCAGUGCAAUGUGCGCGCGGCGACGGUGUUCGUCCUGGUGAUGUUGCUGUUUCGUCAAGUCUCGGACGUCGUCGGUUUCAGUAUACUGGGAAUUUGUCCCAGCGCCAGCUACAGCCACCAGCAACCCUUUCAAGCAUUGAUGAAAGCGUUAGCGGCUCGUGGACACAACGUCACCGUGAUAUCGACCAUCCCGUCAAAGAAGCCGAUACGGAACUACGAGGACGUCGACCUGUCGUUCACCUACCGAAGAAACAACUGCGCGGGUUUAAGGCACAUGGGAGCGUUCACCCUUCUCCACAAGAACAUGCGGGACGCCAACGAGUUGUGCGAGGAGCAACUGUUCAGCCCUCCCAUCGCGAGCUUAAUUUCGAGGAACAAGACCUUCGACGCGGUGAUUAUAGAACAGUUAUGGUACCAGUGCUAUUACGCCCUGGUGAGGCAUUAUAAUUCUCCCGUUCUAAUCGGAUUCUUGAGCGUCGGAAACCUCCCGUACGUUAUGGACUCGGUUGGGAAUCCUGACGACGCGCUGCUGAAUCCAGACAUGGCCUACCCCUUUACGAACAGGAUGACGAUCGGCGAGCGCAUUCGGAACGUUCUCUACACGACUUGGACGAGAAUAUACUACAAUCACUGGCACUUGCCGAGGGCCCAGAAGAUCGUCGACAAGUGGACGAGCGACGUCUCGGUUCGGGACAUGGAUCGAAACUUCAGUCUGGUGAUAUUGGGAAACAAUCACGUGUUCGGAUAUCCGAAGCCUCUGCUGCCGAACGUGAUCGAAGUCCACAGCCUUCAGAUCGCGGAAGAACACGUAGCUUUGCCUAAGGACAUCCAGGAGUUCCUGGACAGCGCCACGCACGGCGCGAUCUAUUUCUCCCUGGGCUCGAAUCUGCAAACCCAUCAGCUGCCCGUGGGCCCUCUCAACGCUCUCCGCAACGCCAUGAGCUCCAUCGAGCAAAAAGUUCUGUGGAAGGACGCCGGAGACGCGACCAUUCGCGCGGACAACGUCAAGUUUGUCAAGUGGGCCCCUCAGCAAGCCGUUCUGGCACAUCCGAAAGUGAUGGCCUACGUGAUGCAGGGAGGAUUGCAGUCGUUGCAGGAGGCGGUGCACUAUUCUGUCCCGGUAGUCGCCAUUCCCUUUUUCGGGGAUCAACUUUUCAACGCGCGUAAAAUCCUGGACGCCGGGAUCGGACUCGCAUUGAACAUCGAUACCGUCACCGACGAGUCAAUCGUACGAGCGAUCACCGAUGUUGUAGAAAAUAAAACAUACUAUAACAAUAUCAAGGCGAUGUCGGAGAUCGUGAAGGACGAAUUGGUGAAACCCAUGGACCGAGCUAUUUGGAACGUGGAGCACGUGAUCAAGUUUUCGAAAUCAAGACACUUGCGCUAUCACGGUCGCGAUAUCUCGUUCGUCGAUUACUACGGAACGAUAGUCGUUCUUAUUCUGCCCUUCAUUUUGUUAAUAUGGGCCUGUUAUCGUAUCGUCCGUAAUUUGAAAAGAUCCAUACGGGAAAAAUUUGGUAUCCUCGUCACGGAUAGAUCAACAUACUACGUAAAAUCAAAGUUUGAGUAAUCGUUUAGCUCGAUGAUUAAAUUUAUCCUAUGCAAACGUGGGCACGUACUACAAUGGAAGCUCCGAAAACGCCUUAUAAUUCAAUAAAUACGAGCAACACCCCUGCGAUUUAACGAAGGAGAUAUGGGGGAACGUGAAUAUUAACUAAUUUUUAUGUCAGACGAUACAACAAACGCGUAAUUUGUUUAUAAAAUUCAAUUUAAUUUCGCUCGAGUGAAUAGCCAUCUGGCGGUGAAAAGGCCGAACUAACGUCGGAGUUUGUACAGCGCCUCUCUCGGGAAAACGCUCAAGUUUGUCCUCGAAUAGUUCCUUUUUUCAUCGCUAGAUGGCGCCAUUUGUUUUUUUCUAAUUUAAAAAUUAAUAGUAUAGGGUUAAAAAAUGAUUCUCAUUCAUAUUUUAAUAUUGCGAUGAUUGUCCGUCUAUUUGUUUG